AAGACAGGAUAUCAAGGAGGGUUACGCGUCAGGCUCAGGCCAUGAGGUCAGUAGUACCCAAACCCAAUGCUGAAUAGUCAGUUACUCACAUUUAGCGUUAGAGAGCCUCGCGAGAGACGUCGAUCUUCCUCUCAGCGUCACGGCAACUUUAUACUUCAUGUUUGUACCUAAAAGUUCACACACUGGGUGUUAAAAUGUGUUCUGAUUAGGCGAGUCCUAUGUAAUCAAGCUCAUCUGUCAACUUCAGGUAUAUACAAAUACGAGCAGAAGAAAUGGGCGAAUCCGAUAGCGGACAGCAAUAUUGUCUUCGCUGGAACAAUCAUUCUGACAGCAUCAUCUCAGAAUUCGAAGUAUUACUUGGCCAGGAAGAUUUUGUGGAUGUCACACUCUCUUGUGACAGACAGAGUGUCAAGGCCCACAAAGUUGUUUUGUCAGCAUGUUCAACAUAUUUCAGAAGACUUUUGAAAGAUAAUCCUUGCCAGCACCCGAUUAUCAUCUUACGAGAUGUCGCCUACAGUGAGCUUUCGGCCAUUCUUUUCUUCAUGUACCACGGUCAAGUGAUGGUCGAGCAAGAACGAAUACCACAGCUUCUUCAGACGGCCCAGUUAUUGGAAGUUCGAGGAUUGUGCGAAAUUCGAGAAGGCCAAUCGGCUUCCACUAAAGAUGAAAAAGAAGGAGGAACUCCUGGAAUAAAAGGAAAUCAAUCCUUUCUUGCUGGUCUCCUGAACACCAGCAUUUCUGCCACAAAGAGAUGUGCAUCCGUCUCUGACACCAAUUCCUGCAGCAAUUCCAGUCCUAUCCCGUCGCCAGUUGCCAAAAGACAGAAGAGUUCUGGAGGAUCUUCACGUCCUGUGCCCAUGUUACAGUCCAUUUUAUCUCAACAACUUGCCGUACCCGCAACCCCGACUUUUGAUUUGACAGCCAAGUCGAUGGGAAGCUCCACCCGAGCUCUAACUGCACUGGCUUCCAAAGUGCAAGCCAAUUCAUCUCAUACUGCAUCAUCAGCCACCAAUUCAAACAGUGUCAACAUUCUUCCUACAUCAUUAGAAAAUUUAUUGAAUUUAAGCUCCGUUGUCAUGGCUGCUGCUGCUUCAUCGGGUAGUCACAACAACGGAGCUGACAUAUCUGCCACUAGCUCGUCGGAUGAGGAGAUGAACGAAAAAGACGACAAAGUGGAAUCCUCGUUUGGCGAUAUGGAAAACAGCUGCCAUGGCGGACGAGACAUAGAGCCCGACGCGGUAGUCGAGAUUAAAGAAGAACCUCUAGUGGAUUUUGAGGACGAAUUUGGCGAGGAUAAUAGUCCCCAUGGGGCCGGAGGAGGAGUUAGCGGUGACGACGAAAGUGAGAGCGAAGCAGAGCUAGGAGCAAUGAGUGAGAGCAGUCGAGGAGAAGCCUUCUCACUUCCGCUUUUGGCCCAGCAUUUAGCAGCGCCAAACCUAUUAAGUGCAUCAGCCAAACUUCGAGCGGCCGCAUCUCAAGCUCGUCAUCUCUCGACAAGCAGUAACGACAGCAUGACGCAAGUCCUAAUGGGUCCUUCGACUCCACCUGAUGCAGGACCUGCCUCUAUGUCAACAAGAGCCGAUACCGCCAGUCCUAGUUUUGAUCCCUUGGGAGGAGAUCCUCCUCGAAAAUUGGCCUUCCACGAACCGCGCCCUUGUCCAAUUUGUCGCCGAAUGUACCGCGAUGCGGCUACUUUACGCACCCACACCGCCAUCAUGCACGCAGAAGGAAGAGAUCCAUUCGCUUGUCUGUGCGGAGAACUUUUCCGCACGAAAUACGAAAUGUACAACCAUAAGAAGAAUGGUCACAGAUGAAGAAUUUUCUCUCAAACUGUUUGUUUUCUCGCGCCUCCAGUGAUAGUUAUUUUCAUUUUUAUUCAUCCAGUGUUUUUUUUUUUUUUUUUUUUUUUUCAUCUCGCAAUUUUUCUUAUCGUUUUAGAUUUUAUGUCUCCAGUGAAAUUUAAAUGUCACAUUCGAACGCGUUUAACCUAUUUUUUUAGGUUUCUUAAUUGACGAUUUCACCCUUUAUUUGCUUCGAUCUUUGAUCAUAUGUGCAAGAUCGUUUUGUUGACUUUUUUUCACUUUUAAGCUACCAAUAUGUUUCCUAUGACUGCAUUGACAUGAAUUUCCCAAUGUGAAAUAGUUCCUUCGUUUUGUUCCGAUUCCGUACUACAUUGAAAGCAUUUUUGUAUGUGUGUUUUUAAAUAACCGUGGUUAUUAAACCAGCCAUUGCUGCUAACGCGUGCAUAGUGCAGGGGUUUUCGAGCAGGUGAACGACAUGUCCAGUGAUCCCGUAUUUAGUGCUCGACCAUUCCACAGUACCAAUUGCGUGUACCGGAUUAACACGAGCCAGUAGAAAUCAGUGUCAACUUUUGAAAUUCCGACUAAAACACGGCAUAGUGUAUUCGCGUAUCUUGUCUACUCUUUUAUUUUUUAUCCUGUCCCCUAUGUACAAUUUUGGCUGUAAAAAUUAUAACCAUCUCUUUGUUAAAUAUGACAUCUUGGUUUCUUU